UUUAAGCUGGGUGGAGACUGGUUUUGUGUUUCAGCAGUUCUGAGGCCUGUUGACUGAAUGUCUAUGUUUGUAGAGUUAAAGGGUGUACUGUUAAGAAGUUAUUUAUGGCGUACAGUUAUUCCUAAAACCUUCAGUCAGGCUGUAGAAGGAGAUGAAGUUAAAAGAAAUAGAAAGGACUGCUAAUCAGGCAUGGAGCCCAGCAGGGUACCAUCCCAUCCUCCUAGCUACAGGUAAAUGUGGUUUCCUAAUGCAUUCAAGUACCUGUGCACAACAGCUUGAUGCCUCGUUCAGCACAAAUGCAACCCUGGAAGUCUUUGAAUUGGACCUUCAAGCUCCCAAGCUUGAGAUGGAGCAAAAGGCUUUGCACCCUGCUGAAACCAGGUUCCACAAGCUGAUUUGGGGGAGCUUUGGGACAGGAACAGUCACUACUCCUGGAAUCAUAGUAGGUGGUGGAGACAAUGGAAUCCUUACACUGUACGAUGCAGCCCAGAUUCUUUCAUCUGGAAAAGAUCCAGUCCUUGGACACAGUGAGAAACACUCCGGACCAGUCAGAGCUCUCGACUUCAAUUGCUUUCAGAAUAACCUUUUGGCAUCAGGUGCUAAUGAUUCAGAGAUUUUUAUAUGGGACCUGAAUAACUUCAGCACACCUAUGACCCCAGGAGCUAAAGUGCAGCACCGCGAGCCUUUAGAAGAUGUCCGUGUUGUAGCUUGGAACCGGCAAGUGCAACAUAUCUUGGCAUCGGCGCACCCUAGUGGCAAGGCAGUGGUAUGGGACCUGAGAAAGAACGAGCCGAUCAUCAAAGUCAGUGAUCAUAGCAACCGUAUGCACUGUUCAGGAAUGGCAUGGAACCCUGAUGUUGCCACUCAACUUGUGCUUUCUUCAGAAGAUGAUCGCAUGCCUGUCAUUCAGGUCUGGGAUCUACGGUUUGCCACCUCACCACUUAAGGUCCUGGAGAAUCACAGAGGAGGUAUUCUCUCAGUUUCGUGGUGUCAGGCUGAUGCUGACUUGUUACUGAGCAGUGCUAAAGAUAAUCGCAUACUCUGCUGGAGUGUCAGUAGUGGUGAGGUAGUUUACGAGCUGCCUACAAGUCGCCAGUGGUGCUUUGACGUGCAGUGGUGCCCAAGAAACCCAGCAUUGCUGUCAACUGCUUCUUUUGAUGGACACAUCAGUGUUUACUCUAUCAUGGGUGGUAGUUUAGAAGCUCAGCAGCAGAGUCAAGCUGACCAGAUUUCAUCAUCUUUCAACAAUUUGGAUCUUUUCGGUACAGGGAAACCUUUACCACCUCUGGAUAUCUGUCAACAGGUAGCUUCCAUGACCCAUAUUCCACCAUUAAAAAAGCCACCCAGAUGGAUCCAGAGACCAGUGGGAGCCUCAUUUGCAUUUGGCGGCAAACUCAUUACUUUUGUGAACCCUAAAAUCAGUGUCCAGCAAAUUCAGAACCCCAUUUCACGCCAAGUGGUGGUCAGCCAAGUUGUUACCGAAACAGAAUUCUUGAAACAGUCAAAUGAGCUACAGCUGGCACUGCAUUCGGACAGCAUAAUCCAGUACUGCCAAACCAAAGUGCAGACGGUGCAGUCGGAUUUUGAAAGAAAUGUUUGGAACUUUCUUAAGGUAAAUUUUGAGCAAGAUGCCAGAACUAAAUUUUUGAAACUCCUUGGAUACAGUAAAGAGAAACUGGAUGAAAAGAUAUGCAGUAUCUUCCUUGCAGAAAUCCUACCUUCUGGACUUUAUUGCGCACUGGGAAUUAUCCAGAUGAAACAGCUUCAACAAGGACAGCAAGAUGCUGGACUACAGUUUCAAGAACAACAGGCAAGGUCACAGCAGCAACAGCAGAUGCAGAUGAGUGUGAUGGAGAACCACCAGCUGGAGUUGGAGGCAUACACAAUAUGCAGCAUAUUUGGCAAUGAAUUACAUUCAGCCAGUCCCCCUUUGGAGACUCACUCAGCUCAGAUAUCUGAGGAUUCUUCACCCUCUGAAAGCAGUUCUUCUGAUUUCUUUGCCCAUGUUCCCAAAGAGAAACCUGAAAUGGAGAUUCCUGUAACAGCAGAUGUGGAAGGUUUGAUCAGCCAAGCCUUGCUAACUGGGGACUUCCAGUGUGCAGUGGACCUUUGCCUGAAUGAUGGUCGCUUUGCUGAGGCUAUUAUCUUGGCUGUUGCUGGAGGGGAGGAACUACUGAAGAAGACCCAGAAGCGAUACUUUGAAAGGCAGUGCAGCAAGUUAUCACCGCUGAUGUAUGCUGUCGUUAAUCAGCGCUGGCAGGACAUUGCAGAGUCUUGCAGUUUAAGCAAUUGGAAGGAGGCAAUGGCAGCCUUGUUGACCUAUUCAAGACCUGAGGAGUAUUCAAGGCUAUGUGAUAUUUUGGGUCAUCGACUUGAGACAGAGGGGGAUGAGAACCAGUGUGUGCAGGCAUGCCUUUGUUAUAUCACCUCAGGGAAUGUGGAGAAGAUGGUGGAAUGUUGGGUCAGAAAUAACAAGAGCUCCUCUCCACUGGCUUUGCAGGCACUUGUGGAGAAGGCGAUGAUUCUGAAGAAGUCCGUGGAUAUGCUGCAAGAGUCUGAGGUGCCAGUACAAGGACAGGUCUUGGCUGAGAAGCUUACACAGUAUUCCAGUUUACUAGCAGCCCAAGGAAGUCUGGCAGCAGCAAUGACUUUCCUACCAACAGCAUCUAAUGAGCGCUUAAUUAUGCAGCUGAGGGACAGGCUGUUUCAUGCUCAUGAAGAUGCACUACCUGACAAGCAAGCUCCUCCUUUCCCAUAUGUUCGUGUUCAAAUCAAAGGAAUGGGUCAACCAGCUGUGGUGGCAGUACAGCAGGAGCCAGAAAAUAAGGCAGAUUCCAGAGCCACACGUCAGGGUAUAUACGAAACAAAUGCUUCACCUGUGAUUCCUGCAGAAUUGCCAGUUAAAACAGUUGUGCCACCUACAUUCACUCCAAGGCUUGUACCUGCAGCUUCUAGUGCACCUCCACCUGUUGCUUCACCUGCAACUGCUGGUGCCAGCUCCAGGGUAGGGCCUCAUCCAGCGUACCCUUCUUACUCUGCUGUGAUUUCUGGACCUGCAUCGGGUAUAUACAAAACAAAUACUUCACCUGUGAUUCCUGCAGAGUUGCCAGUUAAAACAGUUGUGCCACCUACAUUCACUCCAAGGCUUGUACCUGCAGCUUCUAGUGCACCUCCACCUGUUGCUUCACCUGCAACUGCUGGUGCCAGCUCCAGGGUAGGGCCUCAUCCAGCGUACCCUUCUCACUCUGCUGUGAUUUCUGGACCUGCAUAUUCACAGACUCAGCAGUUUGGCCAGCCAAGGCCAGCUGUAUUCCCGUCACAUUCUGGAAUUACUGCCUUUCCUCCACAGCCUCCUGUUCCUUCCUCGGGCCUCUCAGGACCUUCUAUGGCUGCAUCAUCCUCUAUUGUCUCAUCUGUGCCACAUACCUCUGCAGUCAGAUAUACCUUUCAGCCUUCACCCCAGUCUGGAGCUUAUCUGCCACCUGUGCCAGGACAGGUGCAGUCUUCUGCCUCCACGGUAUCUGCAUCACCUUCUUUGUUUCAACCAUAUGGAGCUGAUUACCCUCAUGGUGGACCUGGAGCCCCUGCUUCAAAUUCAGCAAUUAUUUCUGCCGUCCCUCCUCCUAAAACAGGGUUCAUUCCUUGGCCUGAAACCCACUGUGAUCUCACAGGACUAAGAGAUGGGUGGAAUGAUCCUCCCACAGUCCAUGGAGGGAUUAGAAAGAAAAAGCUUCCAGAGAACUUUCCACCUCCAGCUCCAAUUACAACUCCUGUUAUGAACCUCCAAGCAGAGCAUCCACUGCAGCAUCAGGACCUUUUGCCACAGGAUGGCAUUCUGGCAGCUCCAGGGGCACCUAUGGAGACUACUUUUCAGGCCAUACAGCAGCUACCGGCAGAGAAAAUCCAGCAGAAGGAGAUACCAGAGGAACACCUGUAUCUGAAAGUCUGUUUUGAUGGAUUGCUAAGGAACUGCCUUCAGACAGCCAAGGACCCGCAAACAAAGCGAAAGCUUGAAGAUGCCAACAAGCGAAUUGAACACCUCUAUAUCAAGUUAAGGGAGCAGACGCUAUCCAAAAGUAUCUUGAAUGGCCUUCAUGAAAUUGCACAUUGUGUAGAGAGUCGGCACUACUCCCAAGCCUUACAUGUACAUACACAGGUUGUCUCCAGCAGCAAUUUCAGUGAGAUUUCCUCAUUCAUGCCUGUCCUGAAAGUGGUGGUGACCAUUGCUAAUAAGCUAAAUAUUUGAAUCCAUUAACCGUGAUGCAGCUUUUUCGGCUUUGUUUCAGAAAAGGAUGGCUCAUUUUCUAAAAAUGACUGACAAGACUUCCUCUGCAGUGACUGCUUUUGAUUUUGCAGUUAAGCUGCUGCUCCAUACCCCACUUGUUCACUGGCAUGCACCUCUUUAUUUCAGUUAAUUUUUUAUAUUUUAGCUCAUUUGCAUAUGGGAAGCCAUUGUUGAAUACUGUUAAUUUACAAAUGUGUACCUGCGAGUCUCAUGGAAGUUUUGUGAAAAUAGUAACUCUGUUUUCCUGUUUAGGCAAGCAGAAAAUAUGAGACAUUGCUUUGCAAAAGAAAAAAAAUACAAAAAGAGUGCACCUUGUAAUUUUUAUUGAACUGCAAGCCCAGUGUAAAGGUAACCAGCUGUGUUUUCCUGCUUAUCAUCCAGCUAGUUUUCCUUCUUGUCAAUCUUAGAAGUGCUCCUCAGUAAUAUGGGCACCUUCAAGAACAAUAAAAGAACAAUAAUCAUUUUUUGUCAUACCAAUGCUUUCUGCAGAUUUGCACAUAAAAUAUUAUAGAGCAUUUUGAUGACAGUAGACAAUGAGAUUCCAUAUACCAUCCUAGCUUUCCUGUAGAUUCAUAACAGAAAUAAUCAACUAGAAGGAAAAUUAAGUAUGGAUUGUAAUAUGGCAUUGUAUAAUGGUAUUAAUAUUUUAUUUCUGUAUUUCAGCACAGAGAUUGUUUUACACUCCAACAGUUUCUAUCAUUGUUGCAUUCAACAGAUACACACCAUAAAGAGGAAUGUCAUAAUUUCCUAGCGCUUACCAUGGACAUUUCAUCCCCUUUAACAAGACCAGUCUUGUCUGUUUUUAGUUUGAGGAGUGGGUAAAGAGGAGCAUGAACAGGCGACAGAAUGUUCAAGAACAUUUUUAUCACAGUACUGUUAGUACUUUUGCAUACUCACAGUCUGGGGUUUAAAUUGUGUGCACAGUAUUUGCUCAGGCUGGUUUCUUUGCUAAUGGAACCCACUGUUACACUAAUGUAUCAGGGAAACAUAGCAAGUACCAAAUAAUUUAAUGCUGCCUUUUCUGCACUGAUAUGUAUUUAUGUACAACACAGGCACAGUGGAUUCUGUUGUGUUUUUGAAUUAAAAAUAUUUUCUAAAUGAA